UACACUUGGCGCAAAAAUGAGUGCUUCAAGGUUUAUAAAAUGCGUCACAGUCGGUGACGGUGCCGUCGGUAAGACUUGCAUGCUCAUUUCCUACACCAGCAAUACUUUCCCUACCGACUAUGUGCCUACUGUGUUUGACAACUUUAGUGCAAACGUGGUUGUGGAUGGAAACACUGUUAAUCUAGGAUUGUGGGAUACUGCUGGCCAGGAAGAUUACAAUAGAUUAAGACCUUUGAGCUAUCGUGGAGCAGAUGUCUUCCUGCUGGCAUUCUCUCUCAUUAGCAAAGCCAGCUAUGAAAAUAUUGCUAAAAAAUGGAUUCCUGAGUUGAGGCAUUAUGCACCUGGUGUUCCAAUUAUUCUUGUUGGGACUAAGCUUGAUCUUCGGGAUGAUAAGCAGUUCUUCAUAGAUCACCCUGGUGCAGUACCCAUUACCACAGCCCAGGGGGAGGAACUGAGAAAGCUAAUUGGAGCACCUGUUUACAUUGAAUGUAGUUCAAAGACACAGCAGAAUGUGAAAGCUGUCUUUGAUGCGGCCAUCAAAGUGGUUCUCCAGCCUCCAAAGCAGAAGAAGAAAAAGAAGAGAAAGGCACAAAAGGCCUGCUCAAUAUUGUGAUCAUGGAAAGAAGAGCUAUGGGUGCCAAGUUGGAUACCAUGACCAAUUAGCCACUUAAUCUGUUAGUCUCUCUCCACAUCUACGAUCUCUUCUCACCUUGAGAAAACAGCUCCUUUUGGUAUGUAGUAUGAACUGACAGAACUAGGGAAACUCUCUAUAAGCAUCAAAAUAUAUGCCUUUUUCUCCUCCAUUGUAUUUGAAUUUGUAUAUUAAUGGCCCUUUAAAGUGUUUGUUAUAGCUAUCCCUUCUGUUUUGUCGGGUUUAGAUUUGCAUGAUCUAUUGACUGGAAUGCUAAGAACCCCUCUGUAAGAACAACCAAAAUUGUUUCCUCUUGUAUUUUGUGAUGUAAUCUGAUUUAGUAUAUUUUAAGGAUCUUUCUAAUAU